UUGUGGUGCCGCUGUCAAUGCAAUGCAGUACAGGUGUGUAGCCGGUGCGGUGCAAUGUCAAUGCCGGGGUGGCGUGCAACGCCCAUCCCGGUGCCGGUGCAUUCCUCCCCCUAGGGGUCGGUGUGCCGCGGCGCGGGAGGCGGUGCGGGAGGCGGUGCGCUCCUGCGCACGGCCCGGGGCGGCCGGGGCACGGCGGCGGCGGGCAGCGGGCACCGCUGCGGUCCGGAAUGAGCUGUGCCACCACCAGUGCCGAAGCCUCCGCCUGACCCCUGCCUGCCCUGCCCGCGCCACCAUGCUCAUCAAGGAGUACCGCAUCUGCAUGCCACUCACCACCGAGGAGUACCGCGUGGGGCAGCUCUACACCAUCAGCAAGCACAGUCACCAGGAAAGCGAGAAGGGUGAGGGCGUGGAGGUGGUGAAGAAUGAGCCCCAUGAGGACCCCGUCCAUGGCCCUGGCCAGUUCACUGAGAAGCGCGUCCACCUCUCCAGCAAACUGCCAAGCUGGGCACGGGCAGUGACCCCCCGCAUCUUCUACAUCACGGAGAAGGCCUGGAACUACUACCCCUACACCAUCACCGAGUACACGUGCUCCUUCCUGCCCAAGUUCUCCAUCUACAUCGAGACCAAGUAUGAGGACAACUGCGGGGACAGUGAGAACAUCUUCCGCAGUGAUAAAAUCCUGGGUGACCACGAGGUCUCCUUCCUGGACAUAGCCUUUGACGAGAUCCCUGAGCGUUACUAUCGCAGCCUGGAGGACCCCCGAUUCUUCAGCUCAGCCAAGACGGGCCGGGGACCGCUGCAGGAGGGUUGGCGCCAGCACACCAAGCCCAUCAUGUGCUCCUACAAGCUGGUGAAUGUCAAGUUCGAGGUGUGGGGGCUGCAGACACGGGUGGAGCAGUUUGUGCACAAGGUGAUCCGGGACAUCCUGCUGAUCGGGCACCGGCAGGCGUUUGCCUGGGUGGACGAGUGGUGCGGGAUGACGAUGGAGGAGGUGCGGCGCUACGAGCGGGAGACGCAGGAGGCCACCAACGAGCUCAUCGGCCUGGUGGCACCCAGCAUCUCAGUCAGCGAGGUGGGGCAGCCCACGGCCACGCACUCAGCCCCUGCCAGCGCCCCCUCCACCCCACUCAGUGACGAGGCCCCGGAUUUCCUUGCUCCCCCUAAGAAUUGUCCACGCAAGAAGUCGGCACCGGAGACCCUGACUCUGCCCGCGCUGCGGGAACGUGCUGACACCGAAUGACACUGGCUGCCACACUGUGCUGCCUCCCUGGCCGGACCAUACCAACCCCGCUGCCAGCCACAGCCGCUCUGACAGGCACCAACCCUGGAGAGGGACCCACCGUCGGGGCGCAGGGAGCCCUGGAGGGUACCAGCCUCCCCAAGCCAUCACAGGUGCCCACACAGGACAUUGCCACCAUCGCCGUGUCAGACCCUGCUGGCUGCGUGGGGAGGGGACGCCAGGCCGGUGCGGGUCCCCGGCAGUGUUGGGCGUUGCUGCAGGGGCUGGUUCACUCAGCACCACCUGCCCUGGUUUCCACAGGGGCCCCCGAGCCUGGCGAGCAGUGGGGGGCAGCAGACAGUACCCAUGCGCCGUGGAUGGGCUGGGUGCCGGUGCUGGGCUGAGCAGCUGCAGGGCUCGGCAAGUGAUGCUGGACCACCAUCGGCACAGCAUGUGUGAUAGUGACAGUGACAGCCAGCUGCCCAGGCUGGGGCUUCCCAGGAGCCGCUCAGCCCCGUGCAUGGCAGGUCCCGUAGUGGGGGUCCCCUUCGCCAUCCCAAGGUGGGCUGGGGCAGGCUCAGCCCUCUGUUUUCUUUAGGAAAACAAAGGGCUUUUCAGAAAUAAAAGCUUGAGACACAG